AGAAAGUGUUGUGCUCGUGGUGGCUGUGUUUGUUGUGUAGUUGAGGUUAUGACGUGUUUUACGCGUGUGCCCACAAACCAUAGUAUCUUUUAGUAACAAAAUAUGGGAAGGAAAGCCCACUUUGUUGGGGAUGGCCGACAAAAGAAAGGCCCGGGGCGGAAGGCAAGGAAACAAAAGGAUCCUGUGAUACCGGGGUUAAGAAACGACGGUAUCUAUAAGCCACUCAGCCACAGACAAAAGCAACGGGCCGUAAAAAGAGCUCAUAAACUCUCCGAUUUGGCUGAGAAGCGCAAAACAGCCGACGUUAAACAGAAGAACGCCGCCACGAAAGUUAAAGAUGGAAAAUCAAACAAUACAAAGAAAAUAUCCUCUGUGUCUUCAGCAGUGUCAUCAGGCCAUGCCCAACAGAAAGCAGAUAAAAAUAAGAAAAGGAAACAAUUGUUAGAAUCUGAUGAAGAUGAUUCUGAUGAUGGAGAGGGUGAUUUGAAGGUGGAAAGCUUAAAUGAUAUCGACGGAGUUAGUGGCAGUGACGAUGAUGAGUACACAGAGACAGAUGACGAUUACGGUGCUGGAAGUGAUGUACCAGAAUCUGAGGAUGACGACUCUGCUGCAGCUGAGGAUGAAAGCAACGAAGAGGGUGAAGGAAAGGAAGAGAGUGAGGAUGAUCUUUUGCCUGUUGAAAAGGCUGCCAAGAAGUUGAAGAAGCAGCAAGAGGAAGAGCAAAAGCUGGCAGAAGAGGAAAUGAAGAUGAACAUUGCCAGUCAAGAUGUUUUUACCUUCCCAUCAGAAGCUGAAUUAAACGAGCCCCAGGGCCUUCCUGAAGUUCAGCAGCGUAUAAAAGACAUAGUGCUGGUGCUUUCAGAUUUUAAUAAACUUCGUGAAGAAGGAAGGUCUCGUUGUGAGUAUGUUGAUCUGCUCCGUAAGGACUUGUGUACGUACUACAGCUAUAACGAGUUUCUGAUGGAGCACUUAAUGCAGCUUUUUCCACUGUCGGAGCUGCUCGAGUUCCUGGAGGCGAGUGAGGUUAAGCGUCCCGUUACACUCCGUACCAACAGCCUGAAAACACGACGUAGAGAUCUGGCACAGGCGCUCAUCAAUAGAGGCGCGAACCUCGACCCGGUCGGGAAGUGGACCAAGGUCGGGCUGGUGGUGUACUCAUCCUCGGUGGCACUGGGAGCGACGCCUGAGUACCUGGCGGGCCACUACAUGGUGCAAGGUGCGUCCAGCCUGCUACCCGUGAUGGCACUCGCUCCCCAGGAGGGUGAGAGGGUGCUCGACAUGUGUGCCGCACCUGGCGGCAAGGCCUCACACAUAGCUGCUGUAAUGAAGAAUACUGGUGUAUUAUUUGCCAAUGAUGUCAACAAGGACCGGAUACACGCUAUUGUGGGCAAUUUUCAUCGCCUGGGUGUUAUAAAUGCGGUUAUUUGCUCAUAUGAUGGACGCAAGUUUCCCUCUGUGCUGACAGGUUUUGACAGGGUUCUUCUUGACGCUCCCUGCACCGGUACAGGAGUAGUUGCGAAAGACCCCAGUGUGAAGACCAGCAAAGACCAGCAGGAUUUGACACGGUGCUUCACACUGCAGAGGGAGUUGCUACUGGCUGCCAUUGACUGCCUCAACGCUCGCUCCCCCACUGGUGGCUACAUUGUGUACUCGACUUGCUCUGUCUUGCCUGAAGAAAACGAAUGUAUAAUUGACUAUGCGCUUAAGAAACGUGACGUGAAGGUUGUACCUACAGGAUUGGACUUCGGAAGUGAAGGAUUCACAAAAUACAGGCAUCAUAGGUUUCAUCCAUCACUGAAGCUAACACGCAGGUUUUAUCCACACACACACAAUAUGGAUGGCUUUUUUGUUGCAAAGUUAAAGAAGUUUUCUAAUGUAAUUCCAAAACCAAAGGAUGAAGAUGAAGGUGUUAAUGGUGACCAAGUGAAUGAUGAACCUGCAAAUGAGGAAUCAGUAGAAGAAAGCGACAAAGUUGCUGUAGAGAACAUUCAAGGGAAAGAGAGGAAAGGUAAAAGUUUACAAGUGGAAACAGGCCCAGAGGAAAGUGUAACUCCGGAUGUUAAAAGUCCAGCAAAUAAGAGGAAGAAGAAAAAGAGGAAAAGUGAAAGUUCGCAAACAGAAACCAGUCCAGAGAAAAGUGUAACUGAAGAUGUUAAAAGUCCAGCGAAGAAGAGGAAGGUGACAGAGGAAGGAAGUGGAAGUUCACAAGUGGAAACAAGUCCAGAGAAAAGUGUAACAGAAGAUGUUAAAAGUCCAACAAAGAGGAAGAAAAGACACAAGAAAAAGAAAAAAGCUAUGGUGGUUGAAAAUAGUGAAACAUCUCAUGUUUUGACAUCACCAAAUAGUGUAAGUACUUCAGAUACAAAUUCAGCACAGGCAAAAGGCAAAGCGAGCAAGAGAAAACUAGAGCAGGCGCACACAGGGGACGAAGCGUCAACCCCUAAAGAGAAACGUUCAGAUGCUGCUAAGAAUGGAAUUCCCUCUGGUCUGAGUAAAAAUCAGAAGAAAAGGCACAGAAAGAAACUAAUGAAACAGAAAUUAGCAUCUGGUGGCCAGGAAGUAACAGUAACUGCUAAUGGGAAGGCAUCAGGUGGGACACAGGAGAAACAACCACAGAGCCUUACGAUGAAAGAAAAUCACCGAGACAGCAACGAGAAAAAUGUUUCGCUAUCUAAGGACCUAAACAUAUCAACAUUUUCAGAUAUGCAGUUGUCAAAAAAGGCAAGACGGCGUCAAAAGAAAAAAGCAGAAAUGGUUGGUGAGAAACCUGGUGGUGAUACUUCAGUACAGCCAGUAGAUACUUCUGUAGGGCCAGUAGCUGUUCAUGGAGAAAAGAAGAAAAAGAAGAAGAAGAAGAAGAAGAAACUAUCCAGUGGCAGCCCAACUGAAUCGACAGGGCAUGCUGUACCACAGAGAGUAUGGGAAAGUGGUGACGUAGGUCAGUUAGUGACAAGUGAAGAAUUGCAGUUUUCCAAAGCAAAUAAGCCACAGGUGAAAGCUUCGAAGAUAAAGGAGAAACUUGUGGGUAAACAUGUCUCGUUCAAGAUGUCAGUUGCCAACAAGAGAUUAAAAAAGCAGAAGAAAAAGGUAAAAUCCUCAGUUGGCCUGUGACCAGUGUACAAGAAUAGACUCCUUUAUUGCUGAUGAACAGAAGGUGCUAUUUGUGUGUAGAGAAGACUGUGGAGUGCUGCACCUGCUGACAGGGUGGCUUUUGUUAUCACUUCUUUGGAAAAGAAGAUAAGAGUGGCUAUUAAACUGUCUUGUUUUUUUA